GGGAGAUCGUUCCUCGGCAAUUUCCGCCAAGACUCGGCAACUUCCGCUGAGAGAGCCGGGACUAGCGGCCGGACUUAUUUCUCGGCACUUUCCGGAAAGGCUCGGCUCCCCUUGUCAUUGGCAAGGCAGGGGCUAGCAUCUGGCUAGCUUUCGGGACCUUCCGGAAUAAGUCGGCUCGUUCCGCCCAGGCUCGACGCUGGCAGGCGGCGGAGGGGCUUUGGGGAGUCGUCGGGUCGUUUGCGGUGGGGCGCGGCGGCGGGGCGGCUGGCUCGGGCAUGGCGUCCCCCUCGCGGAGGCUGCAGACCAAGCCGGUCAUCACCUGUCUCAAGAGCGUCCUCAUCAUCUACAGCUUCAUUUUCUGGUUCUCUGGCAUUAUCCUCCUGGCAGUUGGCAUCUGGGGGAAAGUGAGCCUGGAGGUGUAUUUCUCCCUGUUAAAUGAGAAGGCUACCAAUGUCCCCUACAUCCUGAUCGGCGCAAGCGGCAUUGUCAUCCUUUUGGGCACCUUUGGUUGCUUUGCCACUUGCCGGGGGAGCACAUGGAUGCUGAAACUGUAUGCCAUGCUCUUAACUCUCAUCUUCCUAGUUGUGCUGGUGGCGGCCAUUGUUGGCUUUGUUUUCAGACAUGAGAUCAAGAGCAGCUUUAAGGCUACCUACAAAAAGGCUGUGGAGGAAUACAAGGGGAUCCCAGAUGAACGAAGCCGGGCGAUUGAUACUAUCCAGAGCACACUACACUGCUGCGGUGUUGCAAACUUCUCAGACUGGGAGAAGACAGAGUACUACAAAGACAAAGGAAUACCCUCGAGCUGUUGCAGGACGAAGCAGAACUGUACAAUGGCAGAGCUGAAGGAUCCAGACAGAGCAAAGGGAAAGGUGUACGAAAAUGGUUGCUUCAGUAUGGUGACGCAGACCAUGGAGUCCAAACUGAGCAUCGUAGCUGGGAUCUCGUUUGGCAUCGCUUGCUUCCAGUUGGUUGGGAUCUUCCUUGCCUGUUGCCUCUCCCGGUCCAUCACAAAUAAUCAAUACGAGAUGGUAUAACUCUCAAGGUUGCAUCUCGCAACAAGAGUUUUGGGACACUUUAUAAAACAAACACUACAAAAAUAACACUUUUGGGAACCACUUCCUUGCUUCCAACCUGCCGAAAUCCUGUUUGAUUAGGCCGAUCUCUUUUGAAGCUGUCUGUUCUUCGGGGAACCGAAUGCAACAAUGGAUGUAUUCUCCUUUGGGGAUGUUGUCAUGGCGGUAUAUUGAAAGAAUGCCGAAUGGGACACUUAGCUUUAGGGGAGGCUGUGAAUGGGUCUUUCAAGAAGGGACAGUGGUUUACUGCAUGGCUCCAGGCAUACUGUGAAUUGAGGAAUUGGUUUUUUGAGCUCAGGCCUUCCGGCAGAAGAGAUUUCUCUUCGGGCUGUCGACCAAUGAAAAGAUUCUUGUCUCUCGUGUUUUAGUCACUUGAUUGAUUGGCUGUUUUAUCUGGUUUCCUGGAAACUGUGCAUUACUAUAAUUCCGCAAAAAUCUGAAACGAGGAAGUUAAAGAGCACGUCAAAGCACCAGCUCCCACUCCUUGCAGUAAACCAGUGUCCUUGCUUUUGGGUUUUUGGAAGCCACAGACAGUUGAGAACACUAAGGUCAUAUUUUGCACAAACAGUACUGAACCUAAAAUGCAUGCUAAGCCGAUUCCGGCUCGAUUUUCUCUGAAGCGAGAGCAGCCGUGGGAAAAAAGGGAUCCCCCAAUACCCCUGAACUGCACUUCCUUACCUCCAAGGAUGACUUCCUUUGUCCCUUCCCAGAGCACCUGGAUCAACUUUUCCUACUGUAAUGAUUCCUGUCAAAGGAUUUGGUGCUCUCCUAUUCCUACAAGACACAUCCCAAAUUCAGUUAGCACUAAUUUCUUGAGGUCUUCCCCGGAUCGCUUGCCUAUUUUGGAAGGAAACGUGCUGACGUCUUUCAUUCUCUCGAGAGGGUGGCUGUCUCCAUUCAUUGAUUGCUCCCUCCUCUCUUGGAAUCUCAUAGUGCGUGCUUGUCUUGUCAACAGGCAGCUGAAUGCUAGUCAGCAGCAGAGCAGACGGCCACGGUGAGGAAAAGGGGCAGUCGUUCCUUUUUGUGUCAGUCGAAACGAGCCCCAGGCUUCCCAACCUGGGCCUCUGCCUUUUGGCAGAACCUCGGCUCGGUUUCCUUCAUCCUUCCCCUGACUGAAGCUUUUUCUAUUUCCUCCCCCCCCCCAAAAAAGUACUUUGAUAAAACCUUGGUUUUUUGGUUGUUGUUUUUUACAAUUGGGCUGUAGCGAUCUUUGUGUGUGUGCUGCGAGGUUCCGCGGGGAGCCAUUAGCCUUAGCAGUUGCCGCCCCGAUUGGGUUGGCGUGAUUUUGAUCAUCAGUAUUAUGGGAUGUUUCAAACACACGGGGAUAUUUUGUAUCAAAUAGAAAUCCUCUUGUCUUGAAAACAAAAUAAACCAUUAUGCGCUUUUA